AUGAAUUAACAAAAACCACCGUCAACAUCAACAAAAAAAAUAGAUUAAUCUGUUUCAACAAUUACAAAGAAGUCAUAAUCAGCAUCAAGAAAGGAUUCAUCAUUUUAAUAAGCAGCUGUUAGAUAAGUCUUAGUAGGAGGAUAACCAGGAGUAAUAUAAAAUUUAAAAUUGCAAAGGAUGGAUUAUGGUGUUAUGCUUAAGAUUAACCUUCUCCUAAUUUGGGUAGCAUCAAGGAAAUUAAUAGUUAGAUGAAUUAAAAGUUUAAACAAAUAGAAUCCAAUAUUGAAUCAGAAAUAGUUGAAACUUUAAGAUAAUAAUGUCAUUAAUUAGGGUUAGAAUUGGAGAGUGUAAAUGUUUAGAAUUAAAAUUUAAAAAUUGACAUUGCCUAAUAAAAUAAAUAUAUAGAUUAAUAAACUAAAAAGUUAGAAACAGCAAUGAAAGAAAUUGAAAAUUUAAGGAAUGUUAAAGCAUCUCUUUAAUCUUAAUGUGAAACAAUUAAAGAUCUAUAUAAUAAAACUAAAAGAGAAUUAGGAGGAAUAACUUAAGAUUUAGAAUAAGAAAAGAAAGAAAAUGAAGAAAUGUCUUAAUAAAUAGCAAGAUUAUAAGGAUUAUAUUAAGAAAUGCAAAAAGCAAAUAAAGCAGAAGUUGAUAAUCUUAAAGAGAGAGUAGAAGAAUUAGAAGAAGAGAAUGAAGAAUUCAAAAGAAAAUUUUAAAUGAAAGGUGAAAUAGAUAAGAGAUUAGAUUAAGAAAGUAUUGAAUAAUAAUUAUUAUUAAUAGGAUUAAUACAAUAGAAUUAAUAAAAAGUAAAUUAAAUGUCUGAAAAUGAGAGAAAAUUAGAGAAGAUGGGUAAAAUUAUAGAAGAAAAUGCAACUCUUAGUGAAAAAUUAGUAGAAAGUGAAACAUUAAGAAGAAGAUUUAUGGAAAAGAAUAAUCAAUAUGAAAAAGAAAUAAAAAUUGUAAAUUAUCAAUUCUAUAUUUAUUAAGCUUUUAGAAAGUAAAUUAGAAGUAGAAAAAUAAAUGAUAGCAUUAAAAAAAAGAGUAAAUGAUUUAUAAGUUAUGAAAUCAACUAAUUAAAAAAUAAUGGAAGAUAAAAUAAAUAAAUUGUAAGAGAAAUGUACUUAAUAGCAGCAAUCAAUUGAAAAAUUAACUCAAUAAUUAAAAAGAAACUAAAAAUAAUAAAUUAAUAAUCAACCAAGUUAAGAAGAUGAAACAUCAGAUUAUGAAGAUAUUGAAUCUAAACCAUAAUUAUUUGGAGCUUGA